UUGAAUAACGAAGUGUUUUCUACAUUUACACAUAGACAGACUGUAACUCAUAAAGCGCCGUUCCCCCCCCACCUUUCUCUCUACUUGCUUUCUCUCUAUCUCGCAAACACCCAAUCACAAUUCUCAUUAUUCUAUCCUUCCUCCUUCUCUCUCUCUCUCAUUCCACAAAUCGCUCUCAGUUCCGUUUGUUUCCCACUUUUUUUUGGGGGGGGGGGAUUUGUUCUUUUUUUUCUUUCAAAGUUCAGUGCUUUUCUCUCUCUCUCUCUCUCAUUCUCUCUCCGUCAUUUUCUCUUUUCCUUCUCUUACCCAUACAUGAGUCUAGUGGAGCGGACAACUGGAACUUCUAUAGCUAAAGCAAAUUAUGUAUACGUUCUCCCUCACCAGCGCACUCAUCUAUGGACGCAAACACACACGCAGGAACGUACGUAUAUAUAUAUAUAGAUCUAUACCAAAAUACAAACUUAUAUUUACAUAAAUACUUACACACGCACGCACGCGCACACACACACACACACACACACACACACACACACACACACAUACGUAUGUAUGUAUAUAUAUGUGUGUACCGAUAUAAUUAUGUAUACAUGCCAAUGGAUGUUUACUAACAUGAAUUUCUUUUAAACUUACAAGCAAAGGAAAUUUAAGAUAUAUAUAUAUAUGUAUGUAUAAAUAUUGUGUACUUUUGUGAUAUUCAGGAUGGGAUCUGUUCAGCUCUAUAACUUUCCCUUUCUACCACGUUCUGAAAUCGUGUAUACACAUGCAUCUACUUACCAUUUUAUAAGUACAUAUAAUUUACGCACGUGCAAAUCUCCCAGCUGUGUUCUCACAUACACAUAGACACGCAUGCAUUUAUACACACAUAGACACGCAUGCAUUUAUACACACAUAGACACGCAUGCAUUUAUACACACAUGCUAGGCACACACACACUCGCUGAUAAAUCUUCACACACUUACACAGGGAGUUUUAAUAUCUCUCUAUCUCUCUAUCUCUCUAUCUCUCUAUCUCUCUAUCUAUCUCUCUAUCUCUCUAUCUCUCUAUCUCUCUAUCUCUCUAUCUCUCUCUCUAUCUCUCUAUCUCUCUAUCUCUCUAUCUAUCUAUCUAUCUAUCUAUCUAUUAAAAUCCAACCACCGCUUAAAUGUACAUAAGUAUACGCAUAAAAACGCAGAAAGUUGAACGCACGGAUACACUUAUUGUACAUACACGGAAAGUAUUUUGUUAAACAAACUUUUCUCUUCUGCACAAACAUACAUUAUACAUACAUGAACAUGUUACAGGUGUAUAGAUUUAUCUCCAUGACGUACUCCUCCACAUACAAAUAGACGAGUCUAUGCAUAAAACAUGUACAUGACAACAUUUCAGUUGUAUCUUCUUACCGUUCCACGUUCUGCUGAUGUAAAGUCACUUGCGCGCACACACACAUACAUUCAGGCGAGAACACGGUCAGACACAUAGACGUGCGCACAAGGCAGCACGUGUUUGGCAUCGGCGCAUGCGAAGUUACACCUCACCCGAAAAGUCAGUGUUAUAAACCAGACGACGACGACGACGACAACAACAACAACAUCGGCAGCAGCAGCAGUAACAUCAACAAUGUUGUACCAUUAAAAUUACCUAUUUUCAUAACAAAUCGAGGCAGUAGUUAAUGAUAGUGGUCGGUGUUGUUAGUUUUAUUACCUGAACAAAGAAUCGAGUUAAAAGAAAAUAAAAAAAAAGUGUUAACUUUGACUGCGUCAAGCACAAAGCAUUGUUUCAGUCCACCUGCUCGGUGGGUCCGGGUGAAAGUAAAACGAUUUCUACCGAUCAUACGAGCGUGGUAGAACUGUAACCAUGAUAAUAAUAGUAACAACAACAACAACAACAACAAAACAACAGUAUCAGAAACAGCAACAGCAACAACAACAACAACAGCCGUACACGUAUCUUCCACCCAGCAGCAUGGCACAAACUGUUCCAGCAUCCUGCUGACCUCGAUUCGGCUCCACAUGCUAACUGGCCCAGUCGAUCAUCCAUAUCAAUGAAUCAGACGACGGGACGGAUUUUACCGGCAAUGACAUCUGCUACCUUAAACAGCGAAGCUGAUAUCUCGGCCAGUGCACUUCUACGGCCUUUCUUGGAUAGCGACUGUGAUAAUGAUUGCUACUCGAACAAUUUCUCCUUCAUGGUGAACGACUCUUAUGAGUACAACAAUGGAGACAACAUGCUGAAGGAUAAUCUAUCUAAAGCUGUCAAUGGACACGAGUUGACCAACGAGUCGAAAAUCGGCCUGAUAUUUCUUUAUUCUACAACAACGAUUUUGGCCAUAACGGGAAAUAUUAUUGUAAUAUUAGUGUUCACAGUUGGGAAAUGGUCACGCACUGACCUCCGUCCAUUUCUGAUUAAUCUGGCUAUUGCUGAUCUUGUCAUGGCUAUCUUUUGUAUGCCGUUCACUUUUACAUAUGUACUUCUAGAAACGUGGAUUUUCUCAAAGCCCGUAUGUCCGAUGGUCUUAUUUGUACAAAUGGUCGCCGUGACAGCCAGUGUCUCGACAAACAUGGCCAUAGGAAUCGACAGAUUUUUAGCUGUGGCUUUUCCGUUAAGAUCACGGUUAACAUCAGCAAGGUCGAAAUGUAUCAUCCUUCCUAUCUGGAUUGCAUCUGUAAUGCUUGCGUCUGUUAAUCUCUUUGUGGGUCGAGCCUUUGACUUAAAAGUGCCGCCGAAAGGUGGUGGACUACCAAAUUUAACUAUCACAAAGUGUGAAGAGGUGUGGCCCAACGCUACACCAAGAAGAGUCUUCACAUUAUUUGUUUUGACAAUUACAUAUUUGUUACCAAUGUUGAUUCUUGGAGUUACCUACAGUAUUAUCGGAGUUAUCCUCUGGCGAAGAACGGCGCCGGGAAAUGCCGAUCGAGUGCGGGAUUCCCAGCAACUUCGAUCGAAAAGAAAGGUUAUUAAGACGUUAGUCAUCGUGGUAACCAUAUUCGUUUUGUGCUGGCUUCCAUUACACGUCUUUUUCUUAAUUCUUGACUUCCAACCAGCACUGGCUAAUAUGUCUAACCAAACAUUGACCAGCAUAUAUUUGGGAGUUCACUGGCUUGCGAUGUCAAACAGCUUUGCCAAUCCGAUUAUAUAUGGAUUCACAAAUGAAAGUUUUCGGGCUGACUUAGUUAACCUGUGCGUGAAAAUAUUUCCAUGCUGCAUUUGCUUAAAGAGGCUAAUGAGACGAAGAAUAAGCAUGUCCACCUAUGAUACGGGUGUCUUCCGCCGGCAAAGUGCCAUUCACUACAAGGCAAGGACGCGUACAGCUUUCACUAAUACGACACCGAACGGAAAUAUGCGAUCGGCGUUUCAGCCACACAAGUUCCACGCCAUCGAUAUGAGAAUGGAGCAAAUAGAAUAAAAUUGAAAGCACGAACUUAUCAAAGGAAAUUAUCACUGUACGCAUAGAUACAUAUAUAUGCACACAUAUAUGUAUUCAUAAAUACACACACACACACACACAUUUAUACUUACAUAUACAUAUAUAUGCAUAUACAUACAUGACUUUGUACGCUUUUAUGUGUGUGUGUGAGUGUGUGUGUGUGAGAGUGAGGGAGUGCAUAUUAUGUUUGUUAGGUUUAUGGUUUUGUGAUGUGUGCAUAUAACUGUAGUUGGGAGUUCCGUUAGAACCGGAGCGAACCGGUAUUAAUGAAAGAUUUUCAAUGCGUCGAGUGGAAGGUAUGCUCAUUUAUUAUGAUAAUAGUGACUCUUAGAGAAUUGCAACAGGAAAGUCCCAUGUGUGUGUGUGUGUGUGUAUGUGUGUGAAGUAUGUAUACACAUUUAUUUUUACCCAUUUAUGUAUAUAUAUCCAUGCAAUUAACGAUUCAUGAAAAGUAUACACGUAAAAACACAUCUAUUAGGGCAUGCAACUGAAAUUUGCUCCUUACAGCUCUUUCUAUGUAUGAGUGUUUGAAUGUGUGAAGGUUUAUUUAGCACUGUCUUCAGGACACUUUUGUGAGUCUUAAUGGCUCGUAUCACUGUCCGAGACAGUUUGGGAGUCAUAACAGUCGAUUCUCUCUCUAAUUUCAUGGCGAUAAGUAGAUAGGAAAGAAUACAUUGACAGUCUAUAAUGGAGAUAGUAUUUCCAGUAUUUUUUCUCGAUAACUAAUUCAAUUUGAGUACAUAGUCAAAAUCUGAUCUCUCAUUUUGACAUAAAUCUUUCCAUUUCUUUGCGCAGUUCUUCGUUUUGCGGGUCAUUAGGCCAUAUAAAAUGGUAAAUAAAGAUUUUACAUAAAUCUAUAUCUAUAUCUACAUCUCUCGCUCCUUCUCCCUCUCACUCUCCAUAUAUGUAUGUGUGUGUGUAAGUGUAUAUAUAUAUGUAUACAAGUGCAUAUAUAUGUAUAUAUAUAUAUAUAUAUAUAUAUAUAUAUUGCAUGUAUGUAAGUGUUUAUGUAUAUAUAUACUUGUGUGUGUGUGUGUAUACAUACAAUCAUAAAUGCAUACAUACAUAUCUCUAUUGGCAAGAAGCCUUGAAAUGAAACUGAAUAAUGACAUACAUAAACAUAUUCUAUAGCCUCCCCCUAUCUUUUGUUACAUCCUCAAAAUAGUGACCAGUGUCAUCUCCACACACCAUUCUAGUCCUAUUUGUGCGCUUGGGUGUUUUAUCAUAUUUCUGUCCCUCUUUCCUCUGUCUAUUAACGCUACGUCAAUAAAAUUAACUGCUCAAAUUUCACCGAUCUUCUGCACUUGACUUCCCAAUACACUUAUCAUUCAGAAGUUACCUAGACAUCACUAGACUCAUACUAAGUCUAUAUGCAUACUCAUGGAGCACAUCAUACUCUGAUAGGGAUAUAGUAAUGUAGUCCCUUCAAACAGCUUGGCAACAAAUUCAACACACGCAUAUCAGAAUGUGACCCACUGCUUAUGAACGUCACGAAGUUAGAAACUUCGGAGCCAUUACAAAAGCUGUUUCAUAAUAUGUACUUCGUGCUGGUGCCAAGAUACAUCGUCGAAGUUGCAUCUGAAAGAGUUCCUCUCCUUUUCAAGUCCACAAAAUAUUGCAAUCCUGAUCGGGUGUUUAUUCAGUACAAUUCCAAUAAGAAAUCCUCAUUAGAAUAAUUUCACACAGCGCCAUGGAGAGAUUAGGCAGAAGCGAACUUUACGUUAAUAAAACUAUGUUUCUGAGAUAUUUUAACUUUUAAAAGGAAAAUUCACUGCAGUUACACUGAAGAA